AUGAAUGCAGAUUCCGAGCCUUUAAUUGUCUAUUUUUUGUCACGUUAUCUGGAACAGUCGAUUGACACUUCAGCAGUACCGGUUUUGGAGCGUCUCCUAGCUGCCGGCGACGUGAAUGCUCGGGCAGGAACAGCGCCUGGUCAGACGCCGUUAAUGUUGGCGGCAAGAAAGGCGAAUACUACAGUAGUAGAGCUACUGCUGCGUCAUGGUGCAGAUGUCAAUGCGCAGGACGACAUUGGUAAUACUGCGUUAAUGUGUGCCAUCGACUGCGGCAAUUUAGAGAUGGUCAAACUCUUAAUCGCUCGGCCAGAGCUCAAUGUGGAUCUGAAGGAUCAGGUACGUAAGAAUGGGGUUUUCGCACGCUAA